UCAGUACUCAAAAUGAAGAUGUUUCUGACUUUGUUCCUCGUUGUUCUUGGGACACAGACUUCUAUAACACAGAAACCUGCCUCUGAGUCUACAGAUGUUGUCCUUUUGAUUGACAGCUCAAGUGCUCUUGACAGAAAGGCUUCUUUCCCCUCUGUGAAAGUGUUUGUUAACAGAGUAAUCAGCAGUCUUCCAAUAGGCCCAAACAAGUAUCGCAUCGCCCUUGUACAGUACAGUGACGAUGUGCACAUUGAAUUUCGCCUGGAUGAUUAUAAAGGCAAAAACCCCAUGUUAAACCACAUUAAAAAGAACUUUUCACAGAAGGGUGGGUCCUUAAAAACCGGGAAUGCCAUACAAAAGGUCCACGAAAUGUUUUUCAACGUUCCGAGGAAAGACAGGAACCAAAUUGUGGUGGUCACGACUUCAGGCCUUUCAGAAGAUGAUGUGAAGGGACCCGCAAAAAGGCUGCAGGAUGAGGGGAUAAAGAUAAUAGCGUUAGGAAUGCAGGCUGCCUCUGUUCAGGAACUACGAUCAGUGGCGACGCACCAUUUUUUCUAUAACCUUGCUUCACCAAAGGAUCUCCCAGCAUUUUCUCGAAAUAUGUCCACAGUCAUUGCAGAAGCGAUACAAAUGGAUCAUUCUGUGGUCACCUCAACGCCUACUCCACCAAGUAUAACAGUAAAUGUUAGCAAGGCGUCCCCACCAGAGUGUCUACAUGAUUCAGUUGCAGACAUUGUAUUUGUGGUGGAUGAAGGCGUUUCACCUGAAAACUCCCGCUACAUUGAAUCAUUCUUGAGUGACACAAUAAACUCUCUCGAUGUGAAGGAAGGAUGUAUACAAACUGGCCUGGUGACAUACAGCACUGAGCCGCAAGUAAUAUCAUUGCUAAAGAACGAAACAGCCAAAACUGAUAUCCUACUGAAAAUUCGGAGCCUUUCGCCAAGGCCAGGGAAAUCUAAUUUGGGUGCCGCCAUUAGUAUUACCAGGAAAAGAGUUUUCAGUAAACGUGCUGGAAGCAGAAAGUCCCAUGGAGUGGAACAAAUAGUCACUGUACUCACCCACAGACCUGCAGAUGACAACUUAACUGAUGCAGCUAGUCUCCUUAGACAGGCCGGUGUGAAAGUAUUUGCCAUAGGCAUCGAAGGAGCUAAUACCACCCAAUUAACUGAGAUAGCAUCGUAUCCACCGGAACGAAAUGUUAUAAAACUUGCCAAAUUUUCUGACCUGCCAAAUCAGACCAAGACUUUCCAAAAGAAACUCUUCAAUGUAAUACAGGACACACUUUAUGUCCAAUCUGAAAGAAGAUUACUGCUCAAAACAGGAUGUAUGGACACAGAAGAGGCUGAUAUUUACUUCCUCAUUGAUGGCUCUUCAAGCAUUCACCCGUUAGAUUUUGAUCAAAUGAAAACCUUUCUGAACGAAGUGAUUAAGCUGUUUAAUGUUGGACCUAAUCACAUUCGAUUUGGAGUUGUGCAAUAUUCAGAUGCUUCGAGUAUUAAAUUGCACUUUAGUCUUGAUGAGUACACUAAAAGAAGCACUUUAGAAAAAGCUAUUAAUAAUAUCAAUCAAUUAUCAGGAGAUACUUACACUGGAGAAGCUUUAAAAUUCAUGCAGCCUUUGUUUGAAAAGGCAAGGCAACAACGUGGAAACAAAGUGCCCUGCCAUCUCAUUGUGUUGACAGAUGGAGAAGCCCAUGAUAAUGUGAAGGUACCUGCCGACACACUGAGGAAUGCAAAGGUGAAUCUCUAUGCCAUUGGUGUAAGAGAGGCUAAUAAAACACAACUGCGUGAGAUUGCAGGCUCAAGGUUCUAUUCCGUGCAACAAUUUGACUCCUUGAAAGAUAUACAAGCGGAGGUUGUCCGAGACGUAUGUUCUGAAGAAGCCUGUAAGGAAAUGAAAGCUGACGUCAUGUUCCUAGUGGACAGCUCUGGUAGCAUUGGUGAUGAGAAUUUUAAUAAAAUGAAGAACUUUAUGAGCGAUCUGGUAAACAAAUCUGACAUUGGCUUAGACAAAGUACGCAUUGGUGUUGUUCAGUUCAGUGACGACCCUAAAGAAGAAUUCCGGCUAAACAAUUAUUCGGCAAAAAGUGACAUAAUUGAAGCAAUUCAAAGGAUGGCACACAUUGAUGACAGAACAUAUACUGGGAAAGCAUUGGAAUUUGUAGCUGAAUAUUUCAAGCCAUCCAAAGGGUCACGAUCCUCUGUGAACAAGAUUCUCAUCUUGCUCACAGAUGGGGAAGCAACUGAUGAAGUAGCAGCUCCAGCCAUGGCUCUGAGAAAGAAUGGUAUCACUAUCUAUUCAGUUGGGGUGUUUAAUGCCAAUAAAACACAGCUUGAAGAGAUAAGUGGGAAAUCUGAGCUGGUGUUUUAUGUGGAGAAUUUUGAUGUUCUGGCGAAGAUAGAAGGCGACAUCAUUUUUGGCAUCUGUAACCCCCCUGACGAUCGGAUUCCAGAGUGCAAAAGGAUAGCACGUUUAGAUGUUGUAUUUGUAAUAGAUAGUUCUGGAAGCAUAGGUGACACAAACUAUGACCUCAUGAAGGACUUCAUGGUUGGCGUGGUCAAUAAAUCUGAUGUCGGCAGCGACCGAGUUCAGUUUGGAGCUCUGAAGUAUUCUGAUGAUCCCAAAAAACUUUUCUACCUUAAUGCCUAUAACACGAAAUCAGCUAUUAUUUCAGCUAUCCAGAGUGACACACUUUUGGGCGGUAGUACGUACACAGCUAAGGCUCUUAGAUACUCGGAAUCAUUCUUCACUGAGGCCCAUGGAAGUCGCCAUCGCAGGAAUGUUCCUCAGGUUGUUAUAGUGAUUACUGAUGGUGAAUCACAUGAUGCAGCAGAACUCGACGAAGUGUCUAAAAGACUCAGGGCCCAUGGCAUUGGGAUUUAUGCCAUUGGGAUAAAAGAAGCAAAGACGGAUGAACUUCAGACCAUGGCAGGACCAAACCAACCUUAUUACUAUGUGGACCAGUUUGAAGGAUUACAAAACAUAUCCACAACAUUAUCAGAUGAGCUGUGCGAUGAUUCAAAGACAGAGUGUGAAGUCCAUGCUGACCUUGUGUUCUUGAUUGAUGGCUCCACAAGCAUACAUCCACCUGAUUUUGACAGAAUGAAAGACUUCUUGAAAGAGUUGCUUGAUCAGAUUAGUUAUAAUAACAACAUGCAAGUUGGCAUGGCCCAAUUUAGUAGCUAUUACAAAGAAGAAUUCCCUCUGAGUGGUCACCCUAGCAAAUCAGAGCUGCAAGACAAAAUCUCUAAUGUGUCAAUGAUGAAUGGUGCUAGUACUUUUAUUGGAGAAGCUCUCAAGGAAGUGAAGGCCUUCUUCCGUCCACCAAGACGCAGAGUGACUAGAGAUAUUCAACCAAAGCUGCUGGUAAUCACGGAUGGAGACUCACAUGACAAGGUUGCUCAACCAGCUGAGGACCUGCGAAAGGAAGGUGUGGAGAUAUAUGCCAUAGGGGUAGGGAACGUUCAAGAUAUGCAACUUCAACAGAUAGCUGGAUCCCCAGAGAGGAAAUACAGAAUUGCUGAUUUCACUGGGCUGUCAAAUAUCAAAAAACGCAUAACUAAUGAAAUGUGUAAUGGUGGAGUUAAAGCAGCUUGUUUUGUGGAUGUCAUUAUGGGAUUUGACAUUUCAACUCAAAAGCAAGGCGAUUCUUUAUUCCAUGGGCAUCCCCUGCUGGAAACGUACCUUCCUAAGAUUUUAGAAUACUUGACAUCUGUAAGCACUGUGAGUUGCAAUGCAGGAACAAAGACACAGUUCAGCGUGGCUAUUUUUAAGGAAAACAUGAACUCAACUUUGUCAUCAGAUCUCCAAGUUGACCAUAAAAAAAUCAUAGAGGAACUCAGAAAAGUUACAGUCAACAAUCCAUCUUAUCUCAAUGUUACAUUUUUGGACACACUUUGGAAGACAUUUCAAAACUUACCUCGUAAUCAAAAACGAAGCCAGGUGUUACUUCUUUUCUCUGAUGGCUUGGAUGAUGAUGUAAAACUGCUCCAACAAAAAUCUGAAGAACUUAGAAAAAAAGGAUUUGAUGGACUGAUAAUGGUUACUUUGGAAGGAGCUAGCAACUUUCAUAACUUCCAAUACAUUGAAUUUGGAAAAGGAUUUGGAUAUCAUAAUCAUUUGACAAUUGGCUUGCCAAAUAUUGCCAAAAGCUUAUUUGAGUAUAUGGCCCAAAUUGCUGAGAGAACAUGCUGUUGUAUAUUUUGUACAUGCAUGAGGGAAGAAGGCCCCGCUGGGCCAAGAGGCAUGUUAGGACCAAAGGGAUAUACUGGUACUAAUGGCAUUCCAGGAUACAUAGGAGAUGAUGGAGAACCAGGUCCCAGUGGACCCCCUGGACCAAAUGGACAGCAAGGCUAUGUGGGAUGCCCAGGCGAUCAAGGAGAAAAAGGGCAACGAGGAUGGAGUGGAGAAAAGGGAGACAAUGGGAUAGAUGGAAUUGAUGGAAUUAACGGAGAAGAGGGAUCACAGGGACUGCCAGGACCAAAAGGAGAAAAGGGAGACCCUGGCCAGCCGGGCAAUCUAGGAUCAAGAGGACUUUCUGGUGAACGUGGUCCAAAAGGCUUUCAAGGAGAUCCUGGUAAUCCUGGAGUAGAGAAUGACAUUAAAGGAGCAGUUGGCCCCAUGGGGUUACGAGGGAGGAAGGGUGAAAGAGGACUGACAGGUUCAGCAGGCCCUGCAGGCUCUGAAGGAAACAAGGGAGCUGAGGGACAAAGAGGAAUUCCAGGGCCCCCGGGGGAGGAAGGACAACCUGGUCGAGAUGGUUUGCCAGGCGAACAAGGAUUUCAAGGCCCACAGGGGGAACCUGGAAUUCCUGGUGUGAAAGGACAGAAAGGAAGUGCAGGAAAUAAAGGUCUUCAGGGAAGCUUUGGAGAGGCAGGCCCUACAGGUGAUCAAGGAAAACCUGGAAUCAGAGGAAAUAAAGGAGAAAGUGGAGAUCCUGGAGAGAAAGGAGAAAGAGGCCCCCAUGGUCAGCGGGGAAUGAAGGGGGAUGCGGGAACAGCUGGUUAUGGCAGACCUGGAAGAAAAGGAUCAAAGGGACAAGAAGGAUUCCCUGGAGACACUGGAAUUCAGGGUGAAACUGGAGGUACUGGCAUUCCCGGGGAACCUGGUCGAAAAGGGAAUAGAGGGAAAAUGGGUCCUGCGGGUGAAACCGGUGUAAGAGGUGGUCCAGGAGAACGGGGUUAUCCAGGACGUCGGGGUGCCAAAGGAACAAAAGGGCUGGCUUCAUUUUCGCCCUGUGAACUCAUUGAGUACGUGCGUGAACACAGCCCUUGCUGGAAAGGGGCACAGGUGUGUCCAGUCUAUCCCACUGAAUUAGUGUUUGCCUUGGAUGUAUCCCAAGAUACCACUCCCGCAAUCUUUGAGCGAAUGAGAGAGAUCAUCAUCGAGAUUGUGAACAGCACCAGAAUCCGGUGGAGCAAUUGCCCUGUGGGAGCCAGAGUAGCUGUUGUGUCCUACAACUCCAACACCCACCAUCUGAUCCGCUUCUCAGAUUUCAAGGACAAGAGACAGUUGCUCCAAGAGCUCAAGAGUCUUUCCUACCAGAGAUCCUCAAGUGGACGGGACAUUGGUGGAUCGAUGCGAUUUGUUGCCAGGCAUGUUUUCAAGAGAACUCUCCAAGGUGCUAACUUGAGAAAAGUUGCUGUGUUCUUCAGCAAUGGCCAAUCUACUAAUACAGUUUCAAUCAACACAGCAGUCCUAGAACUGAGUGCAUUAGAUAUUCUUCCAGUGGUCAUUGCUUUUAAAAACGUCCCUGAGGUCAACCGUGCUUUUUUGAUGGAUGACUCAGGACUGUUUCAGGUUAUUAAUAUUCAUCAGGGGGGAGAUUAUACACCAGCUUUGCAAAGAUUCCAGCUGUGCAUACUUUGCUACGACAAAUGCAAGCCAAACCCAUCUUGCCUACGUGAAGAAACUGCCUCGCCUCCUUCUUAUGUAGAUGCUGCUUUCAUUUUGGAAAGUUCAAGGAAAGUAAGCCCUCUCGAAUUUACGAAGUUGAAAGAUUUCCUAAGCCUAGCCCUUGACAACUUUGACGUUUCUGCUCAACCGGAAAGUACUUUGACAGGUGACAGGCUGGCCGUGGUGAGCCACGCUCUGCCAGAUUUCAGGCCUCAGACACAAAAGAGCCCGGCGAAGACUGAAUUUGACUUGGUGACCUAUAAUAGUAAAGAGCGGAUGAAGAGGCAUAUCCAAGAGUCUGUCCAGCAGCUGAACGGAGCCACUGCUCUUGGCCAUGCCAUACAAUGGACCAUCACUAACGUCUUCACAAAAGCACCCAACCAGAGGAAACACAAAGCUAUCUUUGUGAUAUCUGCUGGGGAAACAAGUCGAUGGGACAAGGAAGUGUUGAAAGAUGCCGCCCUGAGAGCCAAGUGCCAAGGCUAUACUCUGUUUGUGCUCUCAUUAGGGCAUGAAUAUGACAACGUCGAACUUGGGGAACUGGUUAGCAGACCUGUGGAGCAUCAUCUGGUACAGCUUGGGAGAUGUCACAAGGCUGAACUUGGAUAUGCAGAGAGGUUUCUGAAGCCAUUUCUGCAUCUCCUCCGGAAUGAAAUCAACAGCUAUCCACCAGCACAGCUCAGGAGAAGAUGUUCAAACAUCAGCUCCCAGGAGCCUAUAUAUGUUCCACUACAGUCCAGAUACAGCUUUGCAAAGGAUGACGCUGCGUCAAGGGGAGCUAAGAGUCUAGAGACGGAACCUGCAGUUUUUGAGCAUUUGCCUGGCGAUUCAGUAUCCCGUGAUCAUUUCAUCAGCAAUGGACAGCAGACCAUUGCACUUGGAAAUUAG